UCAACAUCAGCUGCAUCAGCAACAACAACAACAACAACAACAUGUAGACAAUGUGGAUGCUAUUGCUAAUUCAGCUCAGUCGCAUCGCAGGCAAAAACAGAAUGAAGCGAUCAGCGCUGAGCUAUUAAAUACCACCAGCGAUAAGCCCGCCCAGCAACAACAGCAGCAGCAGCAUCUCUCCGCUUUCCAGCAAUACGCUGCAAAGCGACGUGAAAGUCUUGAAGCCUCGACACGCAACUUCAACGAGAAGCUGGAGGCGCGUAGAAUGCUCUACCACAUGGGUGGUAAUGGUGGCUCAGCUGCUGAGAAUGCCGUACCCACGUAUUUGUUUGGUGAGCACUACUAUGGAACGCCUACCGCUAUGCCCAAGUCCAAUGGCCGCCCCUCGCACAGCAAAGAGGAAAUUUUCCUCAAUAAGUCCGGCUGGGUACAAGUGAGCUCGAAGGUGAAAAGCGACAACCAAAAUCGACGCUAUAACCAAGUCCAGCACAAUAGCGACAAUAGCCGUGGUCCGAUACGCCCGCUGCAUGCGGACUAUGCUCGGCAGUCGUUUAAUCUGCCGGAGCGCAAUUCAAAGUUCGUGGGCUCGAAGGUGGAGGAGCUAAUACAACGCAAUGAGGUGCGUCUGGGUGGCCGGGAUACUGCAUUGCGCCCAGGCUAUCGCAUCAUUGAUCCGCAGCUAGCAAACAUACUCAACGAGCGUCCCGGUUUUCUGCCCGUAAAGAGCACAAACGAUCUAGAAUCCCCGCCACCCAUAACCCCCAUUCUAUCGCCGCCGCCAGCAUUUCAGGACAACAGCAGCAGCAGCAGUCGUGUUCCACGUCACCAAGAGCGUCGCAAAAUAACACGCCAGCCAAACACUGGGGUCCAGCAAACAGUGAAGAUACAGCAACCAGAACCCCUGCCCGCAACUCAACUUCAGCAUAUCAGCACAGCCGCUAAUACCAAGGGCAUGGUCUUCUCGCGCAGCUUUGAGUAUGACACGCGUCGUGCCACAGCCGCUAGCAAUUAUAUGGAAACCUUUUCGCGCAGCUUUGACGGCAAUCUCUCAGAGCGGCCGGCGCCCUUGCCCUCGCUAGCCGUGCAGCGGGAGCGCUCUCUCAACUUUAGCUCGCUCACCGGCAACUCGCCCAAUUAUCUAUCAAAGCGAGAGGGCACAGCCAGCGCCAGCGGCAGUGGCAGCAACAGAUCAUUGCGUAGUCGGGACAAUUCACCCAAGUACUUGCAACCGCAGCAACAAAUACACAAAGACGCCAGUCCGCAGAACACAGCCUACCUGAACGCCUCUGUGAAGGAAGCACCGCCUGCGUACAGCGCGAACAGCGUCCAUCAAGCCAAGUACUCGCCCCGCGUUCGCCACGAUCGCACCUUUGAGCGCUCCAAAAGCCAUAAUGUAAUUGGACGUUCGCGAAAAUCACAGUUUAGUCACGUGAACAAAAGCGCUGUGGGUGCUCCAACUGGUGCUAGCUCAGCCACAAUGCCCAUGCCACCCGUUGGCCUAAGCAUGUCGCGUUUUCGCAGCCUCGACACCACCAUCAACAACCGCCUCAACUCAUGCGAUAGCGGUGCUCGUUCAGAUCUAUCGAAUGAUGAGUUGGAUAACGACGAUGGCAGCUCAACGGAAUUCCUCUCAGUCAAUAACUAUCAGUUCGCUAGCGUGGCCAUGGGCAGUGUUAGCAUCUCUCCCUUCAAAACACAACGCCAGCGAUCCCUAACUCCUGACCGCAAUGAUUCGCACAGCUCAUCGAGUAGUUUGCGUAAGCAGCGCUCCUUGACUCCGGAAUCGCGUGCAAUAACGCCAGAGGAACGGCGCAAGAAAGGAUCGCAAAUGAGCUCGCGGCAAAACUCAAGCUCACGAAGCAACACAUUGGAGCGACGCCAGCGACAUGAUGAUAAGACGCCGGCUACUAUAUCGCGCAGCUCCUCCAGCUCCAGUUACAGUGGAGGUGGUGGUGAACCGCAUGAACCGUUGAAUAGCAGCCCAAUUACAAAUGCUGUUGCCUCUGCAGUCCCCGGGGGCGGAAUCAGUGCUUCUCCAAAUCUUAGGCGUGCAGUAAGCCGCACUGCUGCCAAACAAGCAGAGCAGGAGCAUCUAAUACGACGAUCCAGAUCCCUACAACUUAGUGAGCGUUCACCAAAUCGCACACACAAGUCCGUCGUCAGCGUGGGUCCUGGCUUGGCAUCCACGCAGCAGCAGCAACAGCAGCAGUCAACUUUACAUUACCAGCAGCCGAGCGUGAGCGUCUUCCCCAACACACUGCGCACGGCCGUUCCCAAUAAUAUCAUAAGCAGCAGCUCUAAUAGCUCAACACGUUUGCGCCAGAGCGAUGUGGACAAGUCUUGCUCCUUUGAUUUUGACUACAGCAACUACAAUCGAGGCAGUGUAGCACGCUCCGCUGCCCACAGUCACAUUCACAGCCACACCGCCCACCCCAAUACCAGUGGAAGUGGAGGCGAUAGCGGCAGCAAUCAGAACCUCCGCCUGGACUUUGACAAAAGUCGCUCCUUCGACGAUGACUACCGCGAAGCUUUGCUCAACAACAAUGCUGCCAGCAAUCGAUACCUGCAGUCAGGAGCUGAAACUACUGCGGCCACAUCAUCUGGACGUUUGCGCAAGUCCAAUUCGCCGGUGGAGCGCAACACUUCGCGCUCGCCACAAUCUUCAGGCUCAUCCUCCCAUAAUCUCCACUUGCCCACGCAGCGACGCACGGGCAGCCCACAAAACCAAACGCCCAGUCUGGGCUAUGGCACACGGCUCUGUGACCAUGAGCUGACCUACGAAAUGCUAAGGAAGUCACCCAUUAUGAAUUUUCGGCGAGGUGAUAGUGACUAUGAGCUUCCCAUGCAGCUGCGCAAUCGCGAAACUAUCAACUCCGGUGGCAACAGCGAGCUUAACUUUAUGAGCAACGAGACGCGGAUCUAUGAGCAUCAACACCAGCACCGAUCCAGCUCAAAACGUGAGGAUCAUCUCUUCAGGCAGAGUCAGGGAGCGACGCCGCGCAGCAGCAGCAGUCCCAACUCAACUGAACAGCCAACGACUAAGAAAUGCAGCAAAACCCUAAAAUUUUGCGAUUAUUGGCCACGUUGCGAUGCAUGCAAUAACAAUUCUAAUAGCAAUAGUAAAAGCAACUUGCAUCCUUCGCUGGCAAAACAGAGUCAAACAAAGUCUUACGCUAUACAAAGGCAAAGUUCAUUGCCCGCCGUUGUCCAGGCGCAUGUCUCCACGGUGCCCGUUAAUGUGCCUGUCGCAACUGCCACAUCGCAGUGGACACUGCUGUGCACCGGCGGCGCCGUCAAUGCAGCCGAAGAUCGCUCGCAGCUUACUGCGAUUAUACGACCACGUGUCAUACCCUUGACCGCCAGUUCUUUGGUGCUCUUAGGAGAUUGCGAUCUGGCCACUAAGCCGCAACCAGAACAACAGCAACAUCAGCAGGAGCAUCUCAAUGCGAAUAUGGAAACUUUUAUGGGGCAAGCCAAAAAUACGCUGAAAAUUGUAGCCCCAGGUGACAUAAUAAGUCCCCAGCGCCAGCAACAGGCCAACGAAAACAGAAGCAACGACGACAACAGCAGCAACACAGAAUUCGCAUUAUUGGCGGAUAUAAGCAGCAAUGGCAGCCGGAAGCGGCCACGUUGCCAUUCAUUGCCUGAUAGACGCUUUGGCGAGAGUAUGCCAAAAAAUUCGAAAGACGGACCGGCGGUGAUUGGUACAAGAGCUAAUGGCUACGGCGAAUGUCUGUCGCAACAAAUGCGGGCAAUCUCUAGUCCUGCUCUUACGGAUAACACUGAAGCAGCCGCUCAACAGCCACAGACAAAGUUUGUCGCACCAACAGAUGAAACGGCAAAAAAUGCUGACGGCAACUGCAAUGCAAGUACAUCUGGGACAGCUGAAAGUCUGAGUGUCUUUCAGAAAUUUAAACGCAAUUUUCACAAUUUGAAUAACAAAAAUCAACUGCAUAUCAACUCGACACCAACAACAACAACAGCAGUGGCAGCAACAGCCGCAUCGCCAGCGACAGAAACCAAAGCAUCACCCACAACGCCCACAGUGUGUAUAACAGCACCAGCAGCAGCAUCAACGUCAGCUGAGACCAACAAUGAUGAGUGUAAUGGAGGAGAUAGCACCUCUGGCAGAUAUCGUUUCGGUCCGCUUAUUUGGCGAACGUCAAAGGAGCGCCGCAAGACAAAGUUCAAUCGACGCGACAAAUGUAAUUCUGGAGAUUCUGGCAUACAGAUCGAAAUUGAGCAGGAUGAACAGUAUGUUCGAGGCCUCAGCAAUGAACAGCAAGGCGCAGCUGGUGCGGCAGUCACUAGCACACCAAAGAGUGUGUUCAAGCCACGCUCCAUACGCCGCACACAUUCAGCCAAAUCGAGUAAUGUCUUGGCGGCGACAGGCGGUAAUGCAGGCAAACCGCCCGUUUAUAGGCAGCAUCAACUAACCAGAGCCUGUUGCACGGAGCGCGAGGCCCCAGAAUCGUUGCCCACACGAUCGCUUAGCCAACCAAAUGGGCUGGAUAAUUAUGGGAUGCGCCGAAGCGUAAUGGAGGAUAGCGACAGUGACAGUGUUGCCUCCCACGAAGAAGGCAGCAGUUAUUAUCCGAUUUAUGCGGAAGUGUUGUACAACUUCACCGCGGCUGGUCCGCAAGAGCUGGGCCUGGAGCGGGGCACUCUCAUUGAAAUAUUGCGAAAGGAGGUCGGACCCUGGUGGUUUGGACGCAUUAAAAAAGAUGAUGCAAGUCUGUUUGAGGAAAUACUGGAUCCGGAACUUGGAUGGUUCCCGAAGGACUUUAUACGCAUUAUUCAUAGUCCCGAGACCGAUGCCUUCUACAAUCUGCAUAAAACGUCGGCCAGCGAAGUGCCUGAAGCUGCUACAGCGCCAGCAGACAGUGAAGUGCCAGUGAUUGUGACUGAGCUCAACAGCAGCAUCGAGGAAGCUGAUACCACCAUGACUAUGGACCAAAGCAACAUAACUACCAUAGUCAUCGAGUCGCCUCCAGCGACAGUUGAUGAGCAAACUAGUGAAAUAACUGCAUUGCAUCCUUCAUCUGCAACACUCAUUAGUGUACCAGUGAAUAGCGCUGAGUUACUGCGUCGAAGCGCUGUGCGCGAGCUGCUCGAAACUGAAGUCAAUUACGUCAAACUUCUGGCCUCCAUCUGUGACGGUUACCUGCCUGCGAUGAGCAAACGUAUUGACAUUUUCUCGCCGAAUAGCAUUCGACUGAUAUUUUCGAAUAUAACGUCAAUCUAUAAGUUCCAGAAAAGGUUUCUGGAGGCACUGCGGAAAGGCAUCGAGCAAAAUCAAUUAUCCAAGGUGUUCCUUAAGAUGCAUAAAGGAUUUCUAUGCUACUCUACAUACUGCAAUGCGUAUCCUCGUGCACUCAUCGAACUCGAGUCCUACGAUCGUGUUAAGGAUGCACGCACUGUUUUAGAGAAUUGCCGAGAGUCAGAGAAUCUGGCUGAGCUUCCAUUAUCAGCACAUCUUUUAGCACCGGUUCAACGCAUUUGUCGCUAUCCCUUGCAUCUUAACGAGAUUAUUAAGUCAACGUCAAAAAGUGCCAGCAUGGAGGCCACCCCAGCGACAAAUUCAGAUGAGCCAGAUGGAAAUGGACUCAGCAACGUGGAAUACCAAGACUAUGAUCAACUGGAUGUAGGCCAGUUGGAUGUGCCCGAUACGCUGGAGAGCGUCCAUCAGGCGCUUGAUAAGAUGCGUGGUAUCACAGAAGCUGUCAAUGAAGGCAAACGCCACAGUGAGACUAUUGCACGACAUCAGUCCAGCUUCCAAAACUUUAAGGGCCCGCCGCUGCACCUACAUAGUACGCGUUUCUUUCUACAAGUGGACGCGACGCGCCAGAAACAGAACCUAUGGAACAGCAGCUAUACGUUAUUCUUAUUUGAUAACCAAUUAGUUUAUUGCAAGCGGGAUAUUAUCAAGCGCAGUCACUUCAUCUACAAAGGACGUAUUUUUCUAGAUCGCUGCCGUGUCGUGAACGUGCGGGAUGGCAAAAUGUUUGGUCACACUAUUAAGAACUCCCUGCGCAUCUACUGUGAGUCGCGAGACAAAUGGUAUGACUUCAGUUUUCGUUCGGCAAAUCGUAAGCAUCGUUUUCUAAACACGCUCGCCUUGGAACGGCAAUUUGGAGGUAAAGCGCUGUACGUUUCCGAAAUGACUGGAUUCGAGUACAACUUUGAUGAGCGCACGGGUGACUACUCCGAUCAAUCAGACUAUGAGCUGCCUGAAUGCGAUCACGCAUUGGGCACUACUUCAGCUAGUGGCGACAGCUCAGUACCCGAGUCACCGGCCAAGUCGCCGUAUCGCUCUUGCGAUACUUUACCAAAAAAGUCGCAAUCACGUGACGGCCUCGCAAGUUCUAGUAACGCAUCUGGAUCUGGAUCGGUAUCAGGCUCAGGACAGAUACUGACUACAACGUCCACUGGCUCAUUAGGUCGUCGGCGCCUGGGCAAUUGGUUUCGAAAACCAAAGAGCACCAACUGCACGCCAAGCCAGUCACCAACGCACAAGUCUGGCUUUGAUGCGGAUGUCACCCUGACAGCAGCACGUGUGGCAGCUAUCGAAUUGGUUGAAGCAGCUGCCGCCGAGCAAGAGGUGGACAGCUCGUAUGCUUAGUCAUCACACCAUAUUUAAACAUAUAUACAUAAUAUGCAUAUAUUUGCAUAUAUAAUGCUAAUCCCAACAGUGCAACACAUACUCAAAUGCAAGUACAUGCAAGUAUGCCUACAUGCAAACAGUAUUUGCCACAAUCAUUAUAAACAUACAUUUACUAGUAGAAGCAAAAGAAAAUUAUUAAACUAUAUUUUACUCGUUCUUUAAUUUGUUACCAUUUUAAAUACUAUAAAUUUAUUUAUUUUUGUACUCAGUGAAUAAGCCAAGUCUACAAGUCUGUUAUCUGUAUAUAAUCAAACUUUCGUCAUAAGUUUGUAAUAAACAUGUUCUUCUAAUUAUUUUUUUUAUUUAACCCAAACUUUAAGAACUUUGUUUAUACGAUGGUAAUUACAAAUUUACACUUGUUAAUUAAUUUGAUGUUGUCAAUACCAAAAACACUAUCGAUCCAACUUAGUAAAAUUCUAUUUGAUUUGUUCCCUGCAGUUUAAGCUGCAAAUUGUUUAAUUGUUAUAAGAAUUCAAGAGAAAUGCAUAUACAUAUAUAGAAAAAUUAUAAUACUCACAUGCUUAGAUAUAUAUACAUAUAUACUGACAUGCAUAGAAUGUAUCAGUAUCAUGAGUUUUUAAGAAGGUAAAAAUCCAAUUACGACAACUAAAAUAGUACCUUUUUAAUUUGAAUACUUUCAUGAAAAUCUAUCAUAUAAUGCUAACAUACUCAUAAAAACUUUAAGAUAAAUGAGCGAAUUUAAUUUCCUUAAGAAAAAUCUCUUGUAUGCCAAAAUUGGUUACAUUUAGUCGCGUUUAGUUAAUGCGGAACUACAAAUUUUUUAAAGCAAUUACCUAUUUGAUAGAGUUUGUAAGACACUUAAAUUAAAAGCAAUUUUUUAUUUGUUCGCCAAUAUUAAUGUUUAGUGUCAAUCUUCUAUAAUAGCCUAUUAUUAAACUGUAAUACAAGAAGUAGCCCAAAGCAAUUUGGUUAGCUCUGUCGCAGAAUUCUGAAUACGAUUAAAUGAACUUGAACACGCGUGAAACUAUGAAAUAGCGAACGACAUGUUCUAAAAUUUUAAAACAAAAGUAUAUGAUAAUAAAUACUAUAAAAGUUAA